CGUUGUAUGUGUGUGUGCGUUUGGCACCGUGUAGAGAGGGCAAGCUUCGGUUGUUACUCUGAACAUCCGAGUAGCGGCGCUGCCAGCACUAACUGCGCGUGUGAAAAACUUACUCUUUUCUUGUCUCCACGCGCCUGGGCACCAUUUUGUUUUCGGUCCGAACAGCAUAUUGGUAGUUUUUCCAGUUUGAACCAAAUCAAGUCGCUGUUGGUAUUCGGUAAUUGUAUUGAAUUUACGGAAAUUUAAAGCAAAAAACCAAUUCAAACAUGCCAGACUGGAGAGAACGUGACGAUUCCGACCGCGGCUAUGGCGGUGGUGGUGGCGGCGGCGGUGGCGGCGAUAGCUACAGCUACGACCGGGAACGUCGGGACUACCGUAGCGACCGCGGCGGAUACGACCGUAAUGGCGGUGGCGGCGGAGGCUACCGCUCGGGCGGCUACGGAGGUCGCCGUGACGAUGAUGGCGGCUACCGUGGAGGCGGCGGUGGCGGUGGCUACCGUGGAAACGGCGGCGGAGGCGGCGGUGGCGGCGGCAGCCGAGGACCACCGAGAAUUGACCCGGCUACCGCCAAGACCGAAGUGUUCGAGGUCGAAGCCGACAAGGUUAAGUUCAUAAUCGGUCGUGGCGGUAACAAGAUCCGUGAGAUUCAGGACCGUUGCCGUGUGUCGGUGCAGAUUGACAAGGCUCGCAACGAGAACGGCGCCAAUAAUGUGUCGGUGAUGGGCGAUCAGCUGAACAUUGAUCGUGCACGGGACAUGAUCAAUACCAUCAUUAACGAUGACCGGCGGGACCGCGAGGACGACCGGCGGCGUGACGGUGUUUCCAUGCCCUUCUAAAGUGGCACUCGGGGAAACGGUGUUUCAAUGAUGUCAACUGCGCGGCGGCGGUAAUCAGCCCACGUACACAGACACACGAUGUGCGAUGGUCGAUGGAAGCAGCUGUGGAAAGGAGAAGAGAAACGGGCUAAGUGAGCUGCAGUACGUAAAAUCAGAUAUAUAUAUAUAUAUAUAUAUAUAUAUAUACCUACAUAUAUAUAUUAACAUAUAUAAACACAAUACAAAACGAUGUGUGCAAAAAGAAACGAGAAACAGUAAAAACACAGAAAAGUAACCAGUCGUGCGAUAAUAUGCAAAAGAGAAAACUAUCCAGUCAUGAUCAUAAAUAUCCCCCAGCACCGAUAACGAAGGGUUCUCCCGGCAAGAAAGCUGAAGUACAAGAUUUUUCUUCUAAUACGGCAAAGUGAAUUCGUGUUGAGAUGAGACAGUUUUUACCAAGUAAGAAAAAGCAACCGGCAAAACAUGAAAGCUAAACACGUUACUCGUUAGAAGCAGAAAAAGGGAGGAGGCAGUAUGGCGCGCAGAAUUCCAAUCAGUGAAGAGAGCAGGACGGCGGCAACAAAGUAAAACAGAAAUCGCUACAGCAGAACAGAACAGAAUCCAUCCUUCUCUCUCCCCGGCAGUAGAGUUUUAGAGUACAGACAGGAGAGACCUCACUUUCGCGGUUUGUUGUAACGAAAGACGAGAGUUCUAUUGCAUUUCUAUUUGUGUCCGAUAGCGAACAGAGAGAGAGAGAGAGAGAGAAAGAGCAGAAGCAGGUAGAUAGAUGACGCGCGUACAUGGUUGUGUGUGAGUGUGUGUGUGUGCGUAUUUGAUUAGAAGGAAAAUUAGACGAACUACACACGUGCACACACAUACACAUCAGCACUCCGAUGCAUAGACAGAGAGACGGAGAAGUGUGGUAUAUGUGCAUCGCAGCAUGCGACGAACAACAGACAGGAUGAUGCUGAUUGUACAGUAGUAAUCUGUUGUUUGUAUUUACCGCUCUUUUUAGCUAUCGGAUGCUCUUCUCUCGAAUCGCGUGUCGGUAUCCUUUUAUCGUGUACAUUUGACGAGACUGAUUCCAUUCGUUUUUUGUUUGUAUAAUUUAAUAAUGUGCUAAUCGAUCUAACGCGUGUUUAGGGCGAGUGCCUCUUUUCCUUUUUUUUAUGAUUUCUUUUCUCCAGAGGCCUCCGCAGAAGAAUUAGGGUUGAUAUUCCUUCAACGAAGUUUUCCAUUCGUUCCACUCUGAUUAAUUAUUACGUACGUAUACCGUGAAACAUGCACUUUUAAAGCUAUAACUGCAGGAAAAGAUACUGAACAACAGACAAAUUUAAUGGGUUUAGCUUUUAUCGUACUGUAAACCAGCUAAACGGUGGUAUAUAUGGAGUUGAAUGACGAAAGCAGGUAGGGGAGGGGAUGUGAAAUGGGUAAAAUACUUUAACUAACAAUCGAAGCGGAAAAUUGUACUAUCCGGACCAAACUCGGCGGAAAUAUAAGGUAGUGAAACAAAGCAGCAGAACACAGUAUGCGUAUAUCAAAGGCAGGAAACAGUUUACGGCUCUCCACUCAGCAACGGCGUAGCAUUAAACACAAGAUUAGCCGGAAAAAGCAUGUGAAACAUACGCAGAAAUAUAUAAACCGUGUGAAAUGACAAA